GAUCAAGCCGCAGAGACGUAAGAUAUAAAACCUUGCGUGCUGGACAGAGAGGUGUCGGUAGAGCGCUCUAGAACAUACCAGCUGCUCGGCAACGCAAAGGAGACCAAUUUGAUCCCCGUUUGUGGAGAGAAAAAAAAAGCUUGAAACGGUUAUGUCUGCCAUCGCCAUCGCAUUCUUCCGGCACGGCAGGGUUGUGGCCAGCCGAGCAGCGAGGAGCAGCGCCUCCCGGCCGAUGUCUCCUUGCCCCUCCCUCGCCCGCUGCAUCUCCUCCACCGGCGGGAGGAAGAACUUGGCCGCCGCGGCAGAAAGGCGGCUCCAGCAGCCGGCCGCCUGGGACAGUUUUGGGAUUUGGCUGGACGAGCCCGUAGUUCUGCCGCCUCGUUCAGGCGAGGGCGGACAGGCUCUGAAGAAAGCCAGUGUCCCCAGCUUUGGUUGCGCCAGUCAGAUGGGCAAGAGGAAAGAGAACGAGGACCGCUACAGGGUGGCCCAGCUGGCCGACGAUCUGUUCUUAUUCGCCGUUUUCGACGGGCACGGUGGGGCUGCCGCCGCCGAGUUCUGCUCCCGGCACUUCAGCCAUUUCAUCCAGAGAAACCUCCAGUUUGAGUCUGAUCUUGAGUCGGUCCUAGAGAAGUCCUUUCUGCAAAUCGAUGGUGCCUUUCUGCAGCACAUAUGCAGUUUAGGAGAAGAUCCCCCGCUCUUUGUUGGAACAACAGCAACAGUUGCUUUGCUACGGAAUGAGACGGAGCUUGUGGUUGCCAGCGUGGGAGACAGCCCAGCUGUCCUGUGUCGAGAAGGGAAAGCAGAGAGCUUAACCGAAGACCACAGUCCCAGGCGAAAGGAUGAAAGGCAAAGAAUUCUGCAGUGUGGCGGCAUCAUUGAGUGGAACAGCGCUGGUGAUCCUUAUGUAAAUGGGAGGCUGGCAAUGACGCGAAGCAUUGGCGACUUCCAGGUGAAGCCCUAUGGAGUGAUUGCACAGCCCGAGAUUACAACAGUGAAGCUGCAGCAUUCAAAGGACUGCUUCCUGGUUUUAACGACUGAUGGCGUCAGUGGGAUCAUGGAAGGACAGGAAAUGUGUGAUAUUGUGAAAAAGUGCCAGGACCCUUCAGAAGCUUCUCUUAUUGUAACUGAUCAGGCUUUGCUAUAUGGAACACAAGAUAAUGCGACUACUUUAGUGGUACCAUUUGGAGCUUGGGGAAAGUACAAGAAUGCACUGACCUCAUCAAGCUUUGGAAGAAUCAUGGUAGCCAGCUGCCGUUGGAGCUAACUGGACAGAUGACUGUUGUAAAGCUGUACUUGAUUUUGCAGUCUGAUUUAUGUAUAAAUACUGUGACAGGGUGGGGUUUUGAUAUUUUUCUAUAGCUGAAAGCAAAACUGGUUACUAUGCUGUUCCACUUUUGUGCUUAAAUGUGGAUCCGUAGCAAGCAUUUUCCUCUGGACCUAACAGGUUCUUAUGCAUUUUUCUUUCAAUUCAUAAGAAAGUUAAAGAUUUUUAGUGCCUUUAUGCACUUCAGCAUUAACAUCUGUCCAAAGUGGCUUUUAAAUUACUCAUUUAAUAUGGCUUUUAGUAGACUUUUCCAGUCCUGUAAAAUUCUUGCAUUUCUACUGUGAAACUGGAUGCCAGUUCUGGUAAAGGGAAUGUUUAGUGGAGCUGGAUGGGAGACUUGACGUGCACAGAGUAGCACAUCAGUCUCUUUAAAGAAUGCACAAGUGAACAGAAAUAAACCCCUUACAAAUCA